GAUGUCAGCUAACUAAACUCUUUACAAUUAAUAAUGUUCCAAUUCAGAACAUAGAGCACAAAUAACUAAUUAUUGUGCCUGUAUUGACUGUCUAAGACCUCUAUGUCCAGAGUGCAUCUAAGAACAUUACUAAUAUCAUAUUUAAGCUAAAACACAACCUGCAAUCUAAAGUAUUCUUAAUACAAGAACUAAUUGUGAAAGAAAAAUUGCAAAAGCAAUUGAAUAAUUGAGAAAAGUAAUAAAAUAAUAUUUCAUUUAAGGAAUAUGAGUAAUGUGACAUUCAGUAGAUUUUUAAUCCUGAUGAGAUACUUAAUCAUGAAAUAUCCAGAAUGAAUGAAGCCAAAGAAUAAAUGUUUGAAAUUAUAACAAUCUUUUUUAAAUAAUAAGAAAAUCUACUCGAAACCAAAGUUAAAGAAAAUCAAUUAAAAGUUAAAUUAUAAAUUAUAUAUCCAGGUUAGAAACAUAGGAGGUAUAUUUUAAAAAAUAGAAACUGUUAUUGAAUAAUUAGAAAUUUUAAGAAAUAGUCUUCUGACUAGUUCUGAUCCUUUCUUAUAUUUUCAUAAAGCAUGUAGAUUAGAUGUUAAAUCUUUACUUGAUCGUUAUAAAUCUGAUUUAAAGAAAUCAAUUAAAUCUAAAGAAUUAGGUAAUAAUAUAAUUUAUUUAUUAGAUCCUAUAAAUGUUCAUAUUGAUGAACAUAAAUUAUUUAAUCUUAAAAAUGAAUUAAGUAAAAUUGUUAUUAUUCAUACAAAUGAUAUUGAAGAUUCAGGGGAUAAUGUUUCUGUUUUAUCUAAAAACAAAGAUUAAAGCAUUAAUUAUAGUAUACAAGGUCAUAAUGGUCCUUAAAUGAAUAAUGCUUAAAAUGAAAAUAUUCAUUUUUUAUAAAAACAAAGCAAACAAUAAAUGAGUAAUGUUGGAGAUAUUGAUGAUCCUUUAUAAGGAACUAUGACAAAUCAUGAAUUUUCUAUUGUAAGACCUAACUAUUUCCAAGGCCAAUUAAAAUUCUUACAUUUUAUGAUAAAUAGAUCAAAAAUAAUGAAGAUCGCAGAUUUAUAAACAAAACAAUGGUUGACUCUUUAAAUUGAUUAUUAAGUUCCAGCAUUUCAUAAAUCAAUAGUUACUCCUAAUGGUGAUGUCUAUAUUUCUGGAGGAUUGACUGAUUAGAAAGAUAAUAUCAAAGAAUCAAUUAUUAGAAAAUAUACAUAAGAUGGUCAGAUAUAGUAAAUUGGAAGAUUAACAUAUCCCAGAUCCUCUCAUUCAAUGGUCUAUUGUAAUCAAGCCAUAUAUUUUUUGUGUGGCUAUUUAGAUCAUAGUAAGAUUACUUCAAGUAUGGAAAAGUACAAUAUUCAGACAUAAAAAAUGGAAUUAUGUUCUCCUUGUUAUAAACCUGCUAAUUAACCAGGUUGUUGUACUUUCAAUGACAGAUAUAUUUAUAAGUUUGGUGGAAAUGAUGAAAAUGGAUAGAUCCUAUUUAUUAUUGAAAGGUAUGAUACUUUUACAAACAAAUGGGAACAUAUUAAUCCAAAAAUUGAUUCAUUGGAAUCUUCCAAAUUUUUAACUACCUUUUUAACUUCUGCUUGUGUCCAAAUUAAUUAAACUAACAUAUACGUCUUUGGUGGUUAUGAAGAAGAUGAUAAAGGAGUCUCAUUCUCAUUCCUCUUAAACGUAGGCUAAGAUAAGCAUACAAUUCAUUAAGUAAAUGUUAGACCUUUAUUAUAUCCUGAAGGAUUUUGGAACAACUAAGUAAAUACAUUUAUUUUAUAAUUAGGUGAUUAUCCAUGAUCAUAAACUAUAUGUAUUAUAAAACAUAGAGGUUGAAGGUAAUCAAAUUGAUGAAAAUAAUAGAUCCCUAUUAUGUUUUGAUGGAUAUAAAUGGAAUGAAUUAUAAUAUUAGAUUUCUUAUUGA